AUGCCGAGUUUGAAACGGUGUAACAAACUCGGCGACAACUCAGCUUGUGAAGAAGAGGACAACUCGCCUUCAACUCGGAGGAAGAAACGUAAGCUUACGCAGACCAACCACCAUGGCAGCAGUGGUUAUUAUCCUCUCAAUCUGCUCCGCGAGAUCGCCGCCGGUGUGAUUCCGGUGAGUUUGAAGUCGUCGAGAGGAUUUGCUGCUGCUGCUUCUUGGUGUACGGAAGUAUCAUGCUCGCCAACUGAAUCCAAUGGUCGAGAUUUAACGACGAGGAGAGCGGUGAAUGGUAAUAAUGAUACUAAUAGUAAUCGGACGGUGGAGGUUUCGCGGCCACCGCUGGUACGGACGUCGAGAGGGAGAGUUCAGGUAUUGCCUUCGAGGUUUAAUGAUUCAGUUAUUGAGAAUUGGAGAAAAGAAAGUAAGACAAAUUCGCGUGAUUAUAAUUUUGACGAUAAUGAUGAUGAUGAUGAUGAUGAUGUUGUUGAUGAUGAUGAUGAUGAUGAUUAUGAUAUUCAAUUUAAUAGUAGUAGUAGUAAAAAGGUUAAAAAAGAGAAAGAGAAAAUAGGUUUGGGAUUGCGUAGAAUGGGUAGUAAUGUGAGUAAUGUGAAGAAGCAAAGCAGGCAUUGCGGUGGUAAGUAUGUGGAUACGUUCGAAGAAGAGGAUGAAGCGAGGUUUAAGGGUGGUUUUGAUUUGAAGAAGUAUUAUUCGAGUUGUUCACGUAGUACACUUACCUCGGUGCAUGAGAAUCUGGUGAUGGUGGAUGAUAAUGAGUGUGGUGGGGUUUUGGAUUUAAGUUAUGGGGAGAGGAAAGAGGAUGGGUUGUUUGGGCCGGAGGAUUUUUAUUCGGGGGAUAUAGUAUGGGCGAAGUCGGGAAAUAAAUAUCCAUUCUGGCCAGCUAUUGUUAUUGAUCCAAUGACACAAGCACCUGAGUUGGUUUUGAGGUCUUGUAUUGCUGAUGCAGCUUGUGUGAUGUUUUUUGGUUGCUCUGGGAAUGAUGGCAAUCAAAGGGAUUAUGCUUGGGUUCAGAGAGGGAUGAUCUUUCCCUUUAUGGAUUUUGUUGACAGGUUCCAGGAACAGUCUGAAUUGGAUGGCUGCAAGCCUGAUGGUUUCCAGAUGGCAGUCGAGGAGGCUUUUCUGGCCGAACAGGGGUUCACUGAGAAGUUGAUACAUGAUAUAAACACGGCAGCUGGGAAUCCAGUUUAUGAUGAAUCUGUUUAUAGGUGGCUUCAGGAGGCUACUGGCUCUAACCAGGAUCAGGACUUCCAUUCUCCAAACCAGGCAAGUUUCAUGGUGUGUAAAUGGAAUUUUGAUCCCUGGCACCUGGCACAAUACCUCAAAAUUUACCAAGUUAGCAGGCUUAGAAGACCUAUGGAUUAUGGGGAUAUGGGGGGGAGUGUUGAUCUGGAAUCUGGAUGGGGUCCCCAGCUCCCAGCUUUCAGCCGCAGGGCUGUUUGUUUGUCUAAAGACAUGAUUUGGAAGAAUAAAGACAUGCGACACUGUGAAGGCUGUGGCACGAGCCUUCCUUUAAAACCUGCAAAGAAAAUGAAGGGUUCAAUCCCAGGCGGCCAGUUCUUAUGUAAAACAUGUGCUAGGCUAACAAAAUCAAAACAUUUUUGUGGUAUAUGCAAGAAGGUUUGGAAUCAUUCAGACAGUGGGAGCUGGGUACGUUGUGAUGGUUGUAAAGUUUGGGUCCAUGCAGCAUGCGACAAGAUUUCCAGCAAUCGUUUUAAGGAUCUGGAGGCUACUGAUUACUACUGCCCUGCUUGCAAAGCAAAAUUUAAUUUUGAAUUGUCAGAUUCAGAAAAAUCACAGCCGAAAUGCAAAGCCUUUGGCACAGAUCAUACAAAAUUAAUGGUCAACCAGCGCUACCUAAUAAGGUUACUGUUAUCUGCUCAGGAGUGGAAGGCACAUAUUUCCCAAGUCUGCACAUGGUUGUUUGCAAAUGUGGGUUCUGUGGUUCAGAAAAGCAAGCCCUUAGUGAAUGGGAACGGCACACGGGUUCCAAAAUUAAGAAUUGGAGGACCAAUGAUGCAGUUAGCAGAGUAUCAUGCACGUGCUGUUUCUACUAAACCUCAAAAACGACCUUCCAUUAAAGAGCGGAAGCAGAAGUUGCUUGCUUUCUUACAAGAGAGAUAUGAACCUGUUUAUGCUAAGUGGACAACAGAACGUUGUGCUGUAUGUAGAUGGGUUGAAGACUGGGACUACAACAAGAUUAUUAUCUGCAAUAGAUGUCAGAUAGCUGUUCAUCAAGAAUGUUAUGGAGCAAGAAACGUGCAGGAUUUCACUUCUUGGGUUUGCAAAGCAUGUGAAACACCAGAUAUUAAGAGGGAGUGUUGCCUUUGUCCUGUUAAAGGUGGUGCUCUAAAGCCAACUGAUGUUGAGACAUUAUGGGUUCAUGUUACAUGUGCUUGGUUUCAACCUGAAGUCUCAUUUGCAAGUGAUGAAAAGAUGGAACCUGCUCUUGGGAUUUUAAGCAUCCCUUCAAAUUCUUUUGUAAAGUUUCUGUUUCUGUUUCCUCACAUUUUAUUUGUGUUAUUUGCAAACAAAUUCAUGGCUCGUGUACUCAAUGUUGCAAGUGUUCCACAUAUUACCAUGCAAUGUGUGCUUCGAGGGCAGGGUAUCGCAUGGAGGGCUCCAAAUCCAGACACAGUUUUGAUCAUACAGACUCCUGCAGGGGUGUUUUCUGCCAAAAGCCUUGUUCAAAAUAAGAAAAGGGCUGGUACGAGGCUAAUUUCAUCUAAUAGAAUAAAACUUGAAGCGGUGUCAACAGAAGAAGCUAACCAGUCUGAGCCACUCUCUGCUGCGAGGUGUCGGGUCUUCAAAAGGGUGAACAACAACAAGAAGAGAACAGAAGAAGAAGCCAUUUCCCAUCGAUUGACAAGACCUUGUCAUCAUCCAUCCGGAGAGAUACAAAGUUUGAAUGCAUUCAGAAGAACUGAAAAUGACCGAGUUUGCUUUGGGAGAUCUGGAAUACAUGGAUGGGGCCUCUUUGCACGAAGAAACAUCCAAGAAGGAGAAAUGGUUCUUGAGUAUCGCGGUGAACAAGUGAGAGGCAGUAUUGCAGAUCUUAGGGAGGCUCGCUAUCGAUCAGAGGGAAAAGACUGCUAUCUUUUCAAGAUCAGUGAAGAGGUAGUGGUGGAUGCCACUGAUAAAGGAAACAUAGCGCGCUUAAUAAACCAUUCUUGUAUGCCCAAUUGCUAUGCAAGGAUCAUGAGUGUUGGUGAUAACGAAAGUCGUAUCGUCCUUAUUGCGAAGACAAAUGUAUCUGCUGGUGACGAGCUGACGUAUGAUUAUUUGUUCGAUCCUGACGAGCCUGAUGAAUUCAAAGUUCCCUGUUUGUGUAAAGCUCCAAACUGCCGGAAAUUCAUGAAUUAG